AGGGCGUAUCAACUGAUCGCUGCAGUCAUAAAUUUUGUCGAACAAGCGGUGUAAACAGGAACAUGCACAGUUGGUGUAAAUUUCGCAUGUAAUGUACACUGGUUUUAACUUUAUUUUCUUGAUUACAUAAACCGAGAGGAAAUUACGAAAGAAACAAUAUUAUUAUCUUAUCAUGCAGAUCGAACCGAAGAAUCUGGUGACCGUCAACCUACUGGUAUGGCUGCUUUUCACUGCAGCCAUUCGCAGUGCAGGAAACCCUGACGCCAAGAGACUCUACGAUGAUUUGAUGAGUAGCUACAAUAGGCUUGUUCGGCCUGUCAGUAACAAUUCAGACACUCUCACGGUUAGAAUGGGCCUCAAACUAUCACAGCUGAUUGACGUUAAUAUGAAGAACCAAAUCAUGGCAACAAAUAUGUGGGUAAAUCAGGAAUGGUCUGAUCACAAACUGAAGUGGGAUCCUAGGGAGUACGGAGGCGUUCGUCAGUUAUACGUCCCUGCUGAACAAAUAUGGCUGCCAGAUAUUGUAUUAUAUAACAAGUAAGGUUGUCUAUUAUACACUAAUACAUUA